UCACCAAUACGCGCUUCAUGGCGUAGCCUACCAACGGCUGUGUAUCUGGAAGCCAUUCGCAAAAGUCAUUGCUUAGCACGAGGGUGGGCAAGUCAGAUGAAGAUGAGCAACGAGAAGAGCAGUGCAUGGAAGUCACCAACAAGAAGCAGGAGUGACAUGUCAACAGCUAGCGGGACCAGAACAUUUAAGGUCUCUGUCGAGGGGAACAUUGCUAGCGGUAAAUCUACAUUCCUAGACUACUUCAACCUCAGUCCAGAUGUCGAGGUACGCACUGAACCAGUUGAGAAAUGGCGGAAUCUACAUGGACAUAACAUGCUGGCGCUACUAUACAAGGAUCCGACGCGAUGGGCUUUGAGUCUUCAAACCUACGUCCAGCUAACAAUGUUGCAAAUGCAUACCAAACCUCAUGAGAGGCCGAUAACCAUAAUGGAGAGAUCCAUAUUCAGUGCGAGACACUGCUUUGUUGAGAAUCUUUACCACAGUGGCAAGAUGCCCACCCCAGAAUACAUCGUCCUAGAUGAGUGGUACCAAUGGCUAGUCGCAAACACAGAUGUGCAUGUUGAUCUCAUUGUGUAUCUGAGAACACGCCCAGAGGUGUGUCUUGCAAGAAUGUAUGAACGAGAUAGAAAAGAAGAGAAUAAAGUUCCAUUGGCAUAUCUGAACGGCUUACAUGAGCUGCACGAGAACUGGUUGGUUCGACAAGUGACUGUGAAGCCACCAGCUCCCGUCCUGGUGUUGGAUGCCAACUCUAACAUGAGCGACAUGGAGCACGUGAUGGAGGAGUAUAGAGAAAAGAUCAUGGGCCGAUCAUGAUAGCAGUAGUGUGUGCAUCAUAUCACUUAAAGAUUUCCUAGCCAGGACAUCUUAAAACGAUGAUUGAUGCAGCACUUGUGCAUAAGGGAUGUGCUGUGAUUUUUCCACUGUUUAUCAAAGCUUAUCGAACAACCAAAAAUGUUAUCGGUACUGCACAGAAAUUGUCCCAGAAGUCAUUUUAGAUGUCGUGUCUCUCCGCGCAUCAACUACUGUAUGAAUGUGACACAGGGUUCCUUUUAUAUGAUCAGAUAAUUGUUUUAUCUAUCAUAGGCCUUUGCAAGGCAUGUUGUUAUUGUAUUAGAUGUGAGAGUGUGAUGCCAUCAUGCCACUGGUAGUGCAAAUGUCUAGGAUGUAUUUUGUCAGUGAUAUAAUUGUCAGAAUACAGUUUUGAGUCGGGGGCAAGUAGCGAGUAUCUGUCAUGUGUGAAGUUAUGGACUGGAUCACCUCUGCACGGUGCAAAUUCACUGUACUCUGAACAGGAUGAUCUGCAAAAGCUAUAGUAAUCGUGCUUUUAAGUAUUUAUAACCAUUUUAGUUCUGACAAUCAUGAAUGUGUGGAUGUGUAUCGGAAUGACUACAAUAUGCUGGAUGUUGUUAUGUGUAAAAAAAACCUUCGUAAUUCUGUAUUAAUAAUUUAUUGCCACACUCAAGUAUUACACAAUUAGGGUAUUAUGGUUUGCACCAUCUCGAUAAUCUUGAAACGAAAACUUUAGCAAGGAGCCCAUAGAACAGAAGUUGCACACGUGUUGAUGUAUUGUAUUGUAGCAUGCAAUAGAAAAUAUCCAGGAGUUAUACUAUUCUCUCAGUAUAACUGUACACCUAUCACAUGCAUUCCAGAAGCACUAAUUUUGUCCCUGGUAGUCCGGUUUGGUCUCAGAUGGAACUUGCAGGGGUUGUCCUAUGUCACACACACUACUCUGUGGUACAGAAUCGUUGUGGUUCCCACGUAGAUAUGAAUGAAAAUAGAACGGUAGUAAGGAGUGCAUAUCACAUAAGUUGUAAACACAUUGAUAGUGUAUUGUAGCACACAUUGGAAGGUAUUCAGCAUUGAUUCAAUGUUUUCAGUGGCUCUGCUCUUCUGUAUCAACCUGUGAUCGCAUGCAUACCGGAAGCACCAAUUUUGCCCCUUAUAUUCUGGUUUGCCCUAUGUCACACUAAAGGCUUAUAUCAUGUUGUACAGCAUUGUCAUAUACUCAGGUUAAGGUUUAGCUCCAAGAAACGGUAUUGCUAGGGUUAGAAUGACAAUGUAUAGACAAUCCGUCGCACAGCCUGGUCGGGCUAGUUAAGGUUAGGAUUCUAUCGUAGCAUUUUCAAUUAUCACCAUUCUCAACUGCAAUUGAAAUACGCGUUUGACUAUAAGGUAAUGUACUUAUUAACUACAGAAGGUGCCAGUUACUGUAGCAUUCCUCAACUUUGUAUAAUCGAUCGGCCUAUUAUGCCUUUAAACUGGUAAGAGAUGCUAAUAUAGGCACAUUUUGACCAUGAAAAAGUGAUGGUAAAUUUUCAUUGUUUUUGCCACUUUGAAUAUUAUUUUUUAUUUAAAAAAUAAAUGGACAACUUAUCAUUUGCAAUACA